UGUCCGCCGACCUUGUCUUAUCGAUCGGGAUAGAUUCAGGCGAAUCAGAAACAAGUCGGAAGUUCAUAUAGUCGGAUUAGUCCCACUGAUAUAUAUAUAGAGAGAGACCAAAGCGAGGGAGUUCAACUCUGUUUAAUUGAGUAUGGUGUCCCUUAGGGGUUCUUCCGAUACAAGAGCGAUCGUAUGUAUCCUGACAGAUAAAUUUAAGGUUUCAAACAAUUGGGUUUCGCAUUUGUCUUUGGCUACUACUACUAUACUCGGUGUUGCUGGUUUCAUAUUCGCCCUUAAAGACGGUCGAUUCCGCAACCUCAAACUCUUCUCCGCUUCAGAAAAAGACGAUGCUUUCCUCGUACCUGGUCUGCAAAAUCUCGGCAAUAACUGUUUCCUCAACGUCAUCUUACAGGCUCUGGCGAGCUGCAAAGAUUUCCGGAGUUUUCUUGAAUGGGUGAUAGAGGAUGCGAGAGAUACUGUAACUGGAGAGAUGGACCAACACUUUCCUCUUACCUUUGCUUUGUCUGCCUUGUUACAAGAGCUCUGUACAGUUGGAAGAAGACGAUCUGUAUCUAACCCUCGUGAAGUUAUGCUGGCCUUGACAGAUUAUGCCAGAAAUUUCAAUUUGACUAGCCAACAGGAUGCAGCAGAAGCCCUUCUUCAUCUUAUAUCUUCUUUGCAACAAGAGAUUGUUUUUUGUUAUCGUCCUCUCCAAAGUAGUAAUUUAUCAGAUAUACUUUUUUCUCGCAACUUGAGAAUGCUUGCUCCUAGUGAAGGCCUCCAUGGUUUGAUGGAGCUCAAGAGAUGGCAUAAACAUUUGCGUGGACCAUUUGAUGGUAUUCUUGGUAGUACCUUGAUGUGCCGAACUUGUUCCUCUCAGAUUUCGUUGGAGUUUCAGUUUUUUCAUACUCUGCCUCUUUCUCCUUUACUCCAUAGUGGUGGUUCCAACAUUAUGUUUGGAUGCACUUUAGAGAAUUGCUUGAAGAAGUUUCUCGACACUGAGAAAGUUGAAAACUUCUUCUGCCAUAGAUGCUGGCAUGGUGCUGCACUGAAAUAUCUAUCUGUGAUAGGAGCACCUGAGGUAACAGAUAUAGAAAAGCUCAGGAACUGUGGCGGAGAUGACCAAUGCGACUGUAAAACUUCUCAUUUUCUUGAAAGAAUGCCUUGGUCAAAUAGCUAUUCUCAUAUACUGAAGCAGUUAAUCAUCUCCCGUUUCCCAAAGCUUCUAUGCAUUCAAGUGCAACGCGCUUCAUUUAACAUGUAUGGAGAAUCCUACAAACUAACGGGACAUAUCGCCUUCCCACUGGUCUUGGACCUCUCCUUGUUCGCACCAUCUCCAAUAGGAUUAAACAAAGUAGAAGGGAUUCAGAUGUCGUCAAAGUACCAAAAGGCAGAAGCAUCAAGAAACAGCGACAACCUGUACAGGCUUGUAACGGUGGUGGAACAUUUUGGUAUAACGGGAAGCGGGCACUAUACAGUUUAUAGAAGUGUGAGAGUUGCAUCACAAGAAGAAGAAGAAGAAGAAGAAGAAGAAUGUGAGGAAUUGAGAUGGUUUAGUAUAUCUGAUUCAGAAGUUAGCAGAGUUUCAGAGAGUGAUGUUCUUGGUGCUGAAGCUAGCUUGCUCUUCUAUGAGAGGGUUUAAUGAAGAGAGUAAUUAAAUCAGAGCUUGGUUAUUUCAUUGGAUUGAAUCAUUGAUUUUUGCUGUGAUUCUGUUUUUUGAACGUACACGUGAGGAAGUAGAAACUUAUCUAGCACUACCAAACUGAUGGAAAAUCAAGACAGGUGAGCCUGGUAACAAAAUAGUUAGUUUGAAGCUUUCAAACGUGUGCAAUAUUAUUGACAAUCUGUUGCUUUCUUGAGAGAGUAGAAGAAAGAUGGAAAAAGAUAGUAAGGUGAAACAGACAGAUCAAAGAGUAUAUUAUAUUUACACACUGAUGAUUUGUUCAGUAGAGAGACAUCUACAUCACUAUACUUGCUCUUCUGUUGGAUAGAGACCAAUUCGUCUAUUUUUUAAAGGAUCUUCUGGUCCUAUGGAAACAUGUUUAGUAAUUUACCUUUCCCUGUCAAUCAAAACACGCAGAAAGAGUUUUUGUGACAAUUUGUUGUAUCAGAAAGGAGUUCUAGAAUAAACGGUUCCAGAUAUUUUGAGA